AUGGCUUUUGUUAAGGUGAACAUGAAUUUACGAUCGAACUCCCUUUGGGUUAUUUACAGAAAUGAACUGGAAAGGAAAAUACGAAAAAAAUCAAUUUCAAUGCGAUUGUUGUUUCUGAGAAUCUCAAGAAUCGUUCUUCAAUUGGCUUCACUUUUUCACUUAUUCUCUACUUCGGCAGUGGACGUUUUACCAUUUUUGAUUUCCCAUAACAAGCAGAGCUGUGAAGAGAUUUUCAACGUGACGAAUUUUAUUGUGUUUGGUCUUUUGUUUACUCCUCGACUGCGCUUCAUAAACAAUUCAGAACAGACAAUGACUAGCAUUUCCCCCAAUGCAGAUGACGAAAUCAUGAGCAUUUUAGAAUUUAUUACAUCAUUGAUGUUCAAAUCUCAUCAUUAA